UGACUCUUCAGCCCAACCAAAAUACGGAGUUAAGUUUCAAUAUGGCGUCUUAAGGAAAAGUUAUAACUUUCUAUUUUAUCGUAGAGAUCGAGAUCUAACCUUUUUUAAAAAAUAGUACACUAUGUUCCUAAAGAAACAUGGAUCUGUGAACUAUCAUAAUCGGUGCAGAUUUUUUUUUUCAUUGAAUGAUUUUAGUUUGAAUAAAUAACUUAUACAAUGCUUAUCGGCUCCUUUCCUUCUGUUCUGGAACUGGAAGAUGAGCCUCCCUUAGUUCAAGCUUGUUUCCAUGGAGAUCCCGAUGAAGUGCGAGCUCUUUUGUACAAACGGGAAGAUGUUAAUUACCAGGAUGCUGAAAAGCGAAGUCCUCUUCAUGCUGCUGCUUACUGCGGUGAAGCGGAGAUAGCAGAGCUUUUGAUUAUGAGUGGAGCAAGAGUCAACACCAAGGACAACAAAUGGCUGACACCACUACAUAGAGCGUGCUGUGCCAAAAGUGCUGUAAGCCUGGAUAUAGAGACUGUUGAGAAACUGUUAUGUCAGGAUGCAGAUGUAAACGCCAGGGAUAAAAACUGGCAGACUCCCCUUCAUGUUGCUGCUGCCAACAACGCUGUCCGCUGUGCUGAGUACAUCAUCCCUUUACUGACCAAUGUGAAUGUGUCAGACAGAGCGGGCCGAACAAGUUUACACCACGCAGCUUUCAAUGGUCACAAAGAGAUGGUCAGUUUGUUAUUGGAGAAAGGGGCAACAAUAAAUGCUUAUGACAAAAAAGACCGCCGAGCUGUUCACUGGGCAGCCUACAUGGGCCAUGUUGAGGUGGUCAAGUUGUUAGUGGACCACGGAGCAGAGCUCAAUUGCAGGGACAAAAUGAUGUACACACCAUUACACGCAGCUUCAGCCAGUGGUCAGAUUUCAGUGGUUAGAUUGCUCCUGGAGCUAGGGGUGGAAGUGGACUCUGUGAAUAUCCAUGGGAACUCCCCCCUCCACAUUGCUUGCCUGAAUGGACAGGAUGUUGUGGUUAGCAAGCUGAUUGAAUUUUCAGCCUCAGUGAAUGCUGUCAACAAUAUGGGGAUGACACCUCUACACUUUGCUGCUGCCUCAACACAUGGAAGUAUUUGUCUAGAAAUUUUAGUUUCUGAAGGUGCUAACACGAAAGCACAAAGUGUAGAUGGAAGAACAGCGCUACACAUGACUGCACUGCAUGGCAGAUUUACUCGGGCGCAGAGUUUAAUAGAUCAUGGAUGUUUGGUGAAUGCUUGUGAUAAACUUGGUAAUACAGCUCUCCAUGUAGCUGCUCGUUAUGGUCAUGAACUGCUGAUCAGUACUUUACUAGAGGAUUCAGCUGAUUUAAUUCAAAGAGGUCAUAUGGGGAUGUUACCAAUACAUAUAGCUGCUCUGAAUGGAUAUGUUGACUGUGUUAAAAAAUUACGCUCGGCCAUGCCAGCAUUUGACAUCAACAUACCAGACGAUGCUGGAAGAACAUGUCUCCAUGGUGCUGCUUGCAGUGGAAAAGUGGAGUGUGUUGAAUAUCUUUUGAAUGAAGGAAGUAAUCUAGCACUUCAGGAUGCUGACGGCAGGACUCCUCUGCAUUAUGCUUCAGCUCAUUGUCACAGCCAGAAUGUCUUGACUUUGCUGAAUGCUGGCAGUGACGUCAACACUGCCGACAGCCGAGGAUGUACUCCAUUACAUUAUGCUGCGGCCAAUGACGUUGAUGCAAAGGUGGUAGAGAUUUUGCUGCAGCAUGAUGCCAGACCAGGACUUCGAGAUGAUGAGGGCUAUAAUGCUGUUCAUUAUGCAGCUUUAAAGGGACAUAAGUUAUCACUUGAAAUGUUGCUGGAUGUGGCAGCCACAGAUUUGUUGAGAAGUGGAGCUCCAUACUCUCCUGGUCACCUAGCGGCUUACAGUGGUCAUCAUGAGGCUUUAAAAGUUUUAUUGACAUAUAUGAUGAACUUGGACAUUAAGGAUGUUAAUGGUCGUACAAUGUUGGAUCUGGCAUGCGCUAGAGGUCAAUCUGAUUGUGUGGCAUUGCUUCUCGCUCAAAAUGUAAAUAUUUUAGUCAAUGAUAAUGUGACUCGAAGGACACCCUUACAUGCUGCUGCGAUCGGAGGUCACGCCAGAUGUUUGAAUUUAUUACUGGAUGCUGCUGAUGAUGGGAAUAUUGUGGAUUGUACAGACAUGUAUGAUAGAACUCCUUUGAUGUUAGCUGUUGAGUUUGGUCAUGUGGAGACUACAGGUUUUCUCUUACGUAACAAUGCAAUAGCUAAUGUUCAAGAUUCUGAUGGUAGGACAGCUCUCCACAGAGGUGCUGCUAAUGGUCAUGAUGACUGUGUGGAAGAAUUGAUUAGAGCUGGAGCUGAUUUGACCUUACGAGACAAUCAAGGUCGCACUGCAGUUCACAUGGCAGCCUUGUGUGGUCACAUGACCUUGCUAACAAAUCUUUUAGCUGCUGGUCCCAUAGAUAGGUUAGAUGAUCGUAGAGGCUAUACACCUCUUCACUAUAGUUGUUAUAAUGGCCAUGACAGUUGUGUUGAAAUUUUGUUAGAUUACGAUUCUAUGAAAAAGUUCACUGGGAACCCCUUCUCCCCCCUCCACUGUGCUGUGAUAAAUGGGAAUGACGCUUGUACAGAAUUGUUGCUGGAUACUCUAGGAGAUGGGAUCAUUAAUUUACAAGAUCGUAAAGGUCGCACCCCACUCCAUGCCGCUGCCUAUUCCGACCAAGGAGACUCUAUGCACUUGCUGUUAAAUCGUAAGGCGGAUGUCAAUAUUCGCGACAACUCAGGGAAAACGCCAAUUAUGUAUGCUGCUGCUAAUGGUCAUGUUUCUGCUGUGGAGUUACUGCUGGAGUAUGGGGCAGACUUGACCAAGUCAGAUAAUGAUGGAAACACUGCCUUGCACCAUGCUUGCUUUCAUAGUCGCGAAGAUAUUGCUUUACUUCUUUUGGAUAAGAUUGAGGAUUCUGUCACCAUCAAUAUGGCUAAUACAGAAUUGAAGACACCCCUGCACAUAGCUGCUAGAAAUGGGUUAGUGCCAGUGGUACAAGACUUGAUUGCUAAAGGAGGAAGUGUCUUAGCUCUGGAUGAGAAUGGCUACACUCCUGCCUUAGCAUGUGCUCCAACGGCUAAAAUUGCUGAUUGUCUAUCUAUUAUUUUGGCCCAUAUGCCGUUUGCUACCACAUCUAACCAUGUGAUGCCUAAAUCUACAAGGUUCAUGGCUUCAACUCCCGCUUUUGGUGUCACCAAACUGAUGGAUGGACCAGAUUCUCUGACAGUCAGCAUCAUGGGAGCCCAGGAUAUGAAAGACCAUUCAGGAUCACUUCCCAGCUCAGAUUCUGAGUUCUAUUGACUCUCUUAGUGACUCCAGCAUCACAGCUAACCAUGCCCGGCGGACCAUAAUUCAACAGAUCUUUGAAUGGUCUUCAGUGAAAGACGCUGAACUGACGAGUCCAUUCAAUGUGCUUGGUUCUACGAGUCAAAGAGUUGAAUUUAUGAGCUGGGCUUAGCAGUCUGCAGAGGAUGAAAGCCCCAGAUGAGUUGAUAGUAUUUGCAGAAAAAUAGGUUGAACUUGUGUUAGAUCAACGAUGGUAAAAUACUGUUUUAGAAACAUUAACAUAGAUUUUCUAUGAGAUAAAGUAGACUUGCAAUGAAGGUAAAGAGCGGUCAAAAAAAAAAAGAAUGUACAAGUGUACAUUGGUGUUUUUUUGUUUGUAUUAAAGAGCUUCUCAUUCUAGCCAGUAGUCUAACAAAUUUUUAACUAUUUCUAUCACUUUUUUUUGUUUUUUUUAGCCUGAAAUUAUUUAUAUAUUGUUUAUAAAUAUUUAUAUAUAAUAUUUAUACAGUCACUUAUUAAUGAUACAAAAAUGUAUUAAUAAAGAAAAACCGAAUGGCUAUAGUCAGGAGGUAGAGGUGAGGAACAAAAUAGUUUGUGUUGACCAGCGACUUGUUUUAGGAAUUGGAGGGGGGUCAUCUAAUUUUUUUCCCCCUAUGUCUUGUGUGUAUGAUUCUGUUUCCUGUUUUCUGCCAGACCUGUUUAUCAUAAGCAAUUUUGUUACAUGUUUUUUUUUUUUUGUUCAUUAAUAGAAUUUGUACCAAGUUCCAUAGAGGAUCUUCUAAACCUAUUCAUAAUAUACUUUUUAUUGUUAGUGUGAAAGUUCAGUCAAACCUGGUUGCGUCACAUAUUUCUUUCUAGAUCUAAGCAAUACAAAAACACAGCGGGGAAAAAAACCCAGCAACAAUAAUUUUUUAAAAAUACUUAUGCAUAAUGUUACUUGGCAUUCAAUGUGUAAUUUCAGAUAAAUAAAAUGGACCAAAUGAAAUGACAUUCAAAUAGUCUCGCUUUUCACAUUGUCAGCUUCUAAAAGAGGUUUUUCCCCAUUUAGAUGGUAUUUGUCAGUUAAGCUUAGGCUAUAGGGCUUAUUAAUAAUUGUAUGUAAUUUCUUUUUUAUUAUUCUUAUCAAGAUAAUUUUUCUUCAAUAGACAAAUUCUCAAGACACAUACAAUAUAGUGACAAGAAGGUCCCACUGCUGUUUACUCAAAUGCAUCUUUAGCAUAACCUUGUCAUUAAUUUAAAAUACUAUAAAGAUAACAGAAACUUAUAUUUUUCAAAUUGACACAAGAAUUGAUUCCAAUUGUGAGAAGAAUUUUAGGGAUUGGGCAAGAAAAAAAUAUGUAUUUGCUAGGAUAGUCCCCCUUUCCGACCUUAUGAUCUAUAGGGCAGAUGAUGUAAAGGUCAUCUGUUUCUGUGGCCCACGGUUAACGAGGGUGUCACCUGGCCAGCACAAUGACAAACCACCUUUAUUUUUCCCAACUAACAUCAGGUACCCAUUAGAGCUAGAUGGACUAGAUGCGCUCUAAAGAUCCCAAAAUUAAAAAUCCCAGGGUUUGAACCUUGGACGCCCCAGUUUGGAAGCCAAGUGCUUUACUACUCAGCCACCACAGGAGGAUAAGUUUGAUAAAAAGAGAUAAAAAGGCUAUUGAAGGAUCAUCUAAGAUUUCAGAAAAUCUAAUAAAAGAAAAAAAACACCAAAAAAUCUGGGUAUUUUAUAUCAUGGUUUGACUGUCUUUCAUUCUUGCAAUUUAGUCAGUGAAAUAUUUCACUGGGAGUUCCAACUUAUUGACACACAGUAUUAAGCCUACGUCAAGAAUGUUCAUUUCUUUGGCUUUGUUUUAUGUAAUUUUGGUUUGUGUUUCGUGCAUAUUUUUGUUUUUAUGUCUUGAAAGUUGUACAAAAUUGUAGCUUGGAGAGCUUUUAACACAUUCCUGUUCUUUAAACUGACAAACUGGCACCAAAUGUUUUGGCCUGACUUGUUUUACAAGUAUCUGCCUUUGUUCCCAUGUUAGUCCUGCACAAACUGUUUGCCUGUCCAAUGAUAUUGUCUACAAUGCAAAACGUGUAGAAUAAUAAAGUACACCAGAUUCAGCCUCAAAAGUCAAUUUUAAAAUAUAUUUAUAUCUAUUUGAUGCACACACGAUUCAUAUGUAUGUAUGAUGUAAAUAAAUCAAAAAAACAUUUUAAACCCAUUCAGUAGAAUACAAGAUCAAAAUUCAUUUUGCUUUCAUGUUCUUUUCACACAUUUAAAAUUUUGUUUUUUUAGUUGUUAUAUUAUUAGAAUAUUUUUUUUUGUUACCAUUCUUUUAGUCCUAUUGUUAAAGUCUGUUAUAUUCAUAUUUCAAUGAGUCCAAACAUAAACACUUGAAUGUUAGAUGUAUUAGAGAUUUCUUCUACACUUGUAGCUUGUAUUAAUCUAGCUCUUUUCUUGUCUUCCUGAACUCUACUUAAUCAGGUCUUCAAUUUGUUUGCUUAUUGAUUUUUCUCAUUGAGUGUGUGACUGAAGUUAUUCAGCCAUCUGAAAGGUGAACGACAAUAUAAAAAAACAUUAGGUUUAGAGUUUUGUUGACGAAGGACUUGUUUAAUAUGACCAUAAUACUGGGAGUUACAUAAUACACAAUAGACAUUCAGUUCAUAAUUAGUCUUGGGAUUCACCUAGCCAGUCUCGACACCUGGCUUUUCUUGUCAUGUUAAUAGAAAGAUCUUAUUCUGGUUUCUACUUGCCACUGUCCGAUUGUAUUUGAAUCAACCAGUGGCAUGACUCAGACAACGACUUUGAUAUUAAUAAAACAUUUGUUAGAGUUUUUUUUUUCUAAAACAAAGAAUGUUACUUACCAUCAUCAAAUGGCAUUUUGAUAAUUUAAUACUUUGAGCCUUUCUUUACGCAUGUAGCUUUUAAUCAUCUGAAAUUGUCUGCUAGGCAGCAGUUGCUUCAUUUUGGAAUUGCUAUACGUUUUAUCAGGCCAGAUAUAGUGUUAAAGCACUCUUAUUUUGUGACAGCUGUUUAGUUUAACUUUCUAGAUACCUCAACCUGGAUGACCACAAACCAGUUGGUCAGCAGGUUUUUAUUUAACACGCACAGCCCUUUCGUCUAGGAGCCAUUCCCUCUCUACCACCAAGGGAUGCACUUAGUAGAAGAUGGGGCAUUCCCCAAGAGAUGAUGGGAUGGUGUAUUCCCCAAGAGAUGAUGAUUACUUUCACCAAAAGAAAUUUAAAGAGAAAAUGGAAGUGUCUUCAAGCUAGUUAGUUUAUGUUGAAUUAAAAACAAUAAAUAUUCCUUCGAACUGAAUAUAGCACAAUUUUUAAUCUCUAAGUCUCCUUUCUACUUGUAGUAUUUCAUAACAAUGUGCCAUCUCUUACGAUGUAGAAUUAAUGUUUAAUACUGAUAAAGGAAUACUGCUUUAGUCACGUGUAAUUCCACUAGCUUUAAAGCCCAAUGAGUCUUAGUAGACUAUAUGGACAUGUGGCAAAAGGUCUGAUAAGUUAGUAACUGCAUGUGCGUCUAUGGUGCCAGGUAGUGAGUGUAUUGACCUCAAGUUGACUUGUACAUCUUUUUAUUUGAUCAAUUUCUGCCUAACGCUACAACCACAUUGCUCACUUGAGUGGCCGCACUCACUAAUCAUAUAUAUGCAAGCGUGUCUCAUGAUUUGCUCACGUUGAUCUAGAGUUUACAUAGACUGUUUGAGAUCUUGUGUGUGUGUAUCAGAACUCCCUGUGCCUUUAAGUACAUGUGCAUUAUCAUCUUACUUACAGUAGAACAGUGAUAUCAACAGCGUUGACUUUUACAGUUAGACGUUGAGUCAUUGAGAAGCCAUUAUUUGUCCUUUUUUUUGGGGGGGGGGCAUUUGUUCAAACUGUUAGAACAUCAAGCAGCUUAUAACUUGUACCUAGUUCUUGGGAUUGAGCCUAUCACAUUAUCUUCAUUUGCAGUCUCCUCAUUCUAGAAGAGACAGAAAUGCAAGUUUAACAGGCUUCCAAUGUAACAUACUGGUACUCUAGUCAUUAUCUUAUCAUUUUGCCAUACCUGGAUAUUAUACAAAAGCCAAUUAUUUUAAAUGAUAAUAGUUUGUAUAUCUAUAUAUAUGUCAGUCAUCUAUUAUCGACAAUGUGGUUAAAAAUGUAUUAGUAAAAAUAGUACACAUACAUUUUUUUUUCAACAUACCGGUAGUCCCUUUGCUUUCCAAUGUGCUUUAUUGAUCAUAGCACAAGCUUUCUAAAGCCCUCAUAAAAGAAGGUUUUGGGUUGAGCUGCGAGCCAGGAAUGCAAGGCAUCGUUCCCUGCUUCAGUUAGGGCCCCUUAAUGCCUCUCAGAGUGGACCAAACAAGUGAAGUCUGUCAAGCCAACACACUGUUCUGAAUGUAUUUUAUUUCAUUUCAGCCCCUGGUAAACCUUCCGACCACAAAAAAUAGAUCACUUAACAUUGCACUUCUUUGGUGCAAACAGAGAUCGGAGCAGCUGUGAUUCAUGGCAUACAGCGACAAUGGAACCUUGCAGGAACUAAUCUGUGCAGACAUAAUAUUUAACCAUGCCUGGGUCAUCUAUCUUUCACCACAAGGACAAUAAACUUACCCUCUUAUAUUUGUACUAAUUGGUUACAACGAAGUAUGGCUCCUGGUGACUUUGUUCUAUCACUGUUCUACUGUACAUCUAUAGACCUAAAAGAAAAGUUUACGUUUGAUCACAUUUGUCCUAGUUUAGCUUUAAAAUGUAUGUUUUUAACUUGUGUGUCUGGCAUUUUAUUUGUAGAGUUGAUGGCUGUCAGUUGAUUUGAUGCUGAAAAUCUAUUGUUUAUAACUGAUUAGAUGAGAAAGCAACUGACAGAUUACAUAUCUCUCAAAACUAUUUUUAUGAGGAUAUUUGAAUGAACAAAACUAAGAUAAAAACAUAUUCUUGAAUCAAUUGCAAAAAAUAUGUUAUGAUAACUUCUUUUGAGAAAGGAGCUAAAAAAUUUUUACAAGUUGAAAUUAAUUUUAAGAUUUUUUCAACAAUCAGAUGAUUCUAUUCUCAAUACUUUCGACUUUUAUUUUUUAAACUAACUGCACCAUUUGAUAUAAACUUUUUGAGAAUUUUCAUUUGGUUAAUUCUGUUUCUUAAUUUAAAUUUUUCAAAGAUUAUUCAAUAUGAAAAGUGAAAAAAUGUAAAUGGUAAAAUGUAGUCUUCAUUUAUCUAUAAUUUCAAAUUAUUAUUUAUCUGUCAGCAUUUAGACUGAGUUCUUUAAAUCUAACCUAGAAUGUAAUCUUAAUGUUUUGACUUCUUCAUUUAUGGGUCUCUUAUUUCAGAUAUCUUGGUAGAGAAGUUAUGUUCCUGUCUUCCAUCUGAAAGUAAUUUUCUUUUAGGCUUGUCUAUUUCUUUACUUCUCUUUCUCCUAAAAUGAUGUAGCUUGUGGCUGCCUAGCUCUUCGGUAGUCUGAUAAGAAGAUUGCUGUCUCAGCUUUCUGCACUGACCUUUAGAAUGUUAGUUAUUCUUAUACGAUUUAAAAAAAAAAAAAACAGCAAAAAAAAAUUUGUUUAGACAUAAGAACUUAUCCCUACCUUUUUUUUUUUUAAGAUGUUCAGAUUCAGUUAUUAGGAAACAAAAUGAAUGAAACGAUCUGGACAUUGGUCCUGCGUGGUUCAAUAGAAUGAGAUUGAAAUUAGUCAAAAGUAUUAGUGUAUGCAUAUUAGAAAACUUGUAUUGACCUGUCUCUUGCAUUCUAAACUACAGCAAAUAUAUUCGCUUAAUAUUGUCAGAGGCACAAGAAAUACUUAUUGCAAAGGGACAUAGCUCAUGAAUUGAAACUAAGCCUCUCUCUCAGCAGUAAGAUAAAACUAGAACUUGUUUUUUUUUUUUUUUUUCACUUUCUAAUUCAAAAAUCAAAACCUGAUACAGUGUAAACAAGUCUAUUACUUACAGCCUGUCAGCCCUAUUGGAGUAUGGGUUACAAACAUAGUCCUGAACAAGUCUAUUACUAACAGCCUGUUAGCCCUAUUGGAGUAUGGGCCACAAACAUAGUCCUGAACAAGUCUAUUACUUACAGCCUGUCAGCCCUAUUGGAGUAUGGGCCACAAACAUAGUCCUGAACAAGUCUAUUACUUACAGCCUGUUAGCCCUAUGGGAGUACGUGCCACCAACAUAGUCCUGGGCCAUCUAGUUCCAGGUGUAUCCAAACUGUCUGUCUCGAGUGCUUUCUGUCUCUCUGACUUCGUGGCAACCAUAUCCUUGUGAUGCUAGUUGGCGAUUUGUGCAAGUGUGUGCCCAAUGCAGCCCCCCAUUUUCUCUUUCUGAUUUCUUCUUCUACAGGAGGUUGGUUGGUUCUUUGCAAGAGGUCACUGUUGCUGAUGGUGUCUGGCCAACGAAUAUGAAGGUUUCUUCGUAGGCAACUGUUGUUGAAAGUUUUCACUUUCCUAAUGGCAAUUUUAGUUGUUCUCCAGGUCUUAGCUCCAUAAAGCAAAAUGGCCUUAACAUUUGAGUUGAAGAGACAAAUCUUUGUUGUCAGGGAAAUUUCUCUUGCUGUCCAUAUGAAGGCGACCCUUGCUUUUCCGAUUCUUGCCUUGACAUCAACAUCUGUCUCAUGUAUGAUGCUACCCAAGUAGGUGAAGGAUUUUACUUUCUCCAAGGGACAGCCAUUUAAAGUGAUGGAUUCUCUGCUAGCUGGGUUUAAUCUUCAUUAUCUUUGUCUAAUCCAAAAACAAGUCUCUACAUUAGUUUAAAUUUUUGUUUUUUUUAAUUUAUAAAUAAUAAAUCUAUAAAAUUGUCUCAUGAGACAUUGACAUGGUAUAUGUUCAAAUAUAACGCAUUUUAUGGACAAGAAAUAACUACUACUUUAAUCAGGCUUUUUAUUAUGCAAUGCCAACAUUUUAUCUUUCAUUUUAACUUCCUCCUGUGUUUACCUUUUUUUUUUUGUCACUAAGUGCAAAUGCCAAUAAUCAUGUUUUCUAUAGAUUUAAAUUGUUCUACACCAGUUCAGUUUUGAAGAGUCAGGAUACCUUUGUCAAUGUGUGUGAUAUAUGCAUGUAUUUGCCAGAAAGGAAAGUCUUCAUUAGCCACUUUAAUGGAAUAGUAAUUAUUUAUAUCAAUUGUAUCUUAUAAUGUCCAUAAAUUAUCUACAAAGUGAUUUUUGAAAUGAAUAAAAAAAAAUAUAGCAUAUAAGUGUU